GACAGCAGCGGGGAGAGACCCGAGUGGAAAUUGCCUGUUUCCGUGGGUUACUUUGAAACCCUCGUGUGAAGUUUGUGUUGAUACAGUAUUUUGCACCCUCUGUUCCUCGGCUUGAUAAAGCCCACUGGGGUUGCUCCAGAUGGAUGCAAUUCUGAACUGCAGCCCGGAUGACUUGGAAGAUUACUACAAGUUGUUAGGAUGCGAUGAACUGUCUACGGUUGAACAAAUUAUUGCGGAAUUUAAGAUCAAAGCCCUUGAGUGUCAUCCUGACAAACAUCCUGGGAACCCCAAGGCAGUGGAGAAUUUCCAGAAGCUGCAGCAAGCUAAGGAGGUUCUUACUAAUGAAGAGAGUCGAGCGCGUUACGAUUACUGGCGACGAAGCAAAGUUACCAUCCCCUUCCAGAAAUGGGAGGCCCUGAACAAUUCAGUGAAAAUGUCAAUGCACUGGGCUGUCCCAGGUAAGAAGGACCAAAUGCUGGAAGCUCCAGACUUGAAUAGCAGCAACAUAACUAAUGAGAUUUGGACCCAACAGACUGAAAACAGUGAAGACAAACUGUCAGAUGGGAAUGGAGAGCAAGACGAUGUUGCAAUUCCUGAUGUGAAACCAGAGUCUACAAAGAAUCCAGACUCUCCAAGAUUUUCAGAAACAAAUUACUGGCACUUGCGUUUCCGCUGGUCAGGGGAUGCUCCAUCAGAGCUUCUGAGGAAAUUCAGAAACUAUGAGAUCUAAAAUGCAAAAAUACACAAGAGUUUGAAAUCUCCUGUCCACCAAUUCAGUAUUUUUUAUGUCAGCAGUUAUGCGUGAUUUGUAUUUUGUAUUCAUUCAUUGUGGUGCGAGUGUUGUUCAAAUAAAUGCCUAAGUACAGAUUUGUUAAUGCACAGGCUGUUAGCAUUGCAGAUGGAGGUCUCUUUGUUUAAUAAGCAAAGGCCUUUUCAGUAUUAACAUAAAGUGAGUUUGUGAAGUUAUCCAGCAUUUUAUAUAUUGUUUCCUGUAUUCUUAAGUGUUGUGUAGUGAAUAUUAUUUUUCUCAAUACUGCAAUAUUAUAAAGAAUGUACUGUUGGUAAAACCGAAAGUCAAUGUUAGACUGCAGCAUGUCACCCUGUUCAGUGAUGGUUUUCCAAAAGCUUUAUGGUGAUGCGUUUUAAACAAAACUUUGUGUAUCUCUGAACCAUGUAGUGUUCUCCUCUGCACUGUACUUACUGUAGUCGUUCAUAACCAAUGCAUGCACAGCACUGUUAAAAACUUAACUUGUUGGAGAAUUGUGAUCUUACAAUAUAGAUGAAAGAAGAACCUUCUUAUUAUCCAUGAAAGUCACUGUGACAGAUCAACCAGUCUUAAGGUAUCACCUGCUUUUUAUGUGAACAAGUACACCAACUGUUUAUUUUAGAAGGCCGUUCCAGAAAUUCACUCCUCCAGUUAGCAACUUUCUUCUUAAGAUUUAUUGGUGGACAAGCCAUACCCGUGUAUGUGUGCUAGCAUUGUGCUGUGAACUAACAGAAAUUUUCCUACCUGCUCUGGCCUGGUAGAUGGGGGUCUUAUAAAUGUUUUAUAUGCUGAAGAAAGAAGAAUCAAUCAAUGCCAGUCUGCAUCGAUGUGUACAACAUCUCACAUGAAAGGCUUUUGGUGUUUUGGGCAGUUUUUCAAAUUCAAGAUUGUGUUUAUUUUGUGGUUGCUUUCCUUGUAAACCUGCCUGAUAUGUCAGGUAUUGACAUUGUGGUUUUGUGUGGGCAAGUAAUUCCAUCAGCCACAAAUAAAACUGCAUGCAUGAAAAUGUUUUCAACUCCCCAACAGAGAUUCCUUUUGAAAUUCCUGUUAUUUAUCCCCUCAAGUGGAUAAAAGCUUAAGGGAGUCCUGAGCAUCUCCAUGGAAAGCCCAAUCUGAAAACUAUAGUCUCCCAACCUGAGAACAAUGUUACAAUGUCUGUUUCUCCCUGAAGUGACAUGUUUGGCUCUACCAUGCAGGGGUAUGAUGUACUGACCUGUUGUGCUUCUCCUAUCUGUGCCUCUUUGCUAUAAAUUGUAAUACAAGUGCCUGCCAGUGGAACCCUGAUGAUAUCUCUAUCUUAUUAACCUCAUUAGUAUAUUUGUUCUGGUGCCAGUUUUCUUUACAGGGACUGAUACCACUGUUGGUUGUUUUGUACCAGUUUAUAAAAGCUCAAAAUACUUUUCUAAGUACAGCUGUUCUGCUGAUACAGCUACAUUGAUCCUGGAUUUGAUGGCAUCAGUAGCAACAGAUAAUUUUAUAGCAUAUCAUUGUGCUUAUCUAAUA